CGUGGGGCAGCGACGUCGCUGGGCAGCGGAGCGGCGGCCGCGCCAUGUGGCUGCUGGGGCCGCUGUGCCUGCUGCUGAGCAGCACCGCGGAGAGCCAGCUGCUCCCUGGGAACAACUUCACCAACGAGUGCAACAUCCCAGGUAACUUCAUGUGCAGCAACGGGCGGUGCAUUCCGGGUGCCUGGCAGUGUGACGGGCUGCCUGACUGCUUCGACAAGAGUGACGAGAAGGAAUGCCCCAAAGCAAAGUCGAAAUGUGGCCCGACCUUCUUCCCGUGUGCCAGCGGCAUCCACUGCAUCAUCGGCCGCUUCCGCUGCAACGGCUUUGAGGACUGUCCUGAUGGCAGCGACGAGGAGAACUGCACAGCAAACCCCCUGCUCUGCUCUACCGCCCGCUACCACUGCAGGAAUGGCCUGUGCAUUGACAAGAGCUUCAUCUGUGAUGGACAGAACAACUGUCAAGACAACAGCGACGAGGAGAGCUGCGAGAGUUCUCUUGAACCAGGCAGUGGGCAGGUGUUCGUGACGUCAGAGAACCAACUCGUGUAUUACCCCAGUAUCACAUACGCUAUCAUCGGCAGCUCCGUCAUCUUCGUCCUGGUGGUGGCCCUGUUGGCCCUGGUCCUGCAUCAUCAGCGAAAACGGAACAACCUCAUGACUCUUCCUGUGCACCGGCUGCAGCAUCCCGUUCUGCUCUCUCGGCUGGUGGUUCUGGACCACCCCCACCACUGUAACGUCACCUACAACGUCAAUAAUGGUGUCCAGUAUGUGGCUAGCCAGGCCGAACAAAAUGCCUCAGAAGUAGGCUCUCCACCCUCCUAUUCAGAGGCCCUGCUGGACCAAAGACCUGCAUGGUAUGACCUUCCUCCACCACCCUAUUCCUCUGACACCGAGUCUCUGAACCAAGCUGACCUGCCUCCUUAUCGCUCCCGGUCAGGAAGUGCCUACAGCGCCGCCAGCUCUCAGGCGGCCAGCAGCCUCUUGAGUGUGGAAGACAGCAGCCACAGCCCAGAACAGCCCGGCCCUCCAGAGGGCACGGCCGAGCCCAGAGACUCUGUGCCCAACGAGGGCACUGAAGAAGUAUAAAACUAAAGCGAUUCCAAAGUCCAUGUGGGUAGAUCUGCUCCACCUUGUUGAAUUUUAACAGCCCGUGCUCAUGAGAUGCUCUUUGAGCUCCUUUUGAGGAUGUCUCAAGUUGAAGUUUGGGGUGCUGAUGUCACCAUCUCCUCCUCCAGAUUUCAGGGAUGUUCUUUGGGAUGACCUGGCACUUCUCUGCCUUCUUAGUUGACAUGAUGCAUUGUCAUCUUCUCUGUGAGGUCACUGUUCUUCGGGGCCUGCGAUAACAGCCUCAUGCUUCAGAUGACUGUGCUACUGUUGCUCCAUCCAGGCGGCUUGUGACUGGGCAGGCAGCAGGUUGAAGCUGUAUGUAAGGAGUCUUAGGCAGGGUUCUGGGGCCACAUUGCUCAUUCAGGUCAGAAGACAGCAGACCAGGUGUCUUCUGGGCUGCCACUUUAUAGCUACAUUUGGAGAUGUGGGUUGGAGGAUUCUUCCAGAAGGCCACUCCAAAAAGUGUCCAGGUGAACAUCAAACCCACCUGUACUGCCCUAUGCAUUGUUCUUACUUCAGCAGAGGCCAAAGGAAAGAUCUGACAUGAGCAGCUGCUUUUGGCUCUCAGCACCCUCGUUUGGUUUUGAGAGACUCAGAAACAUCCUACCUGGCCUUAGAAUUGCGAGCUUUCCCGAGCAGCGCAGAUCCUCAGCACCAUCCUUGAACAAGUAGGGAACCCUGCCAUCAUUGGAAACCCUCAACUUCUAAUGUGUAGGUGACCAGAGCCCAGGCCUGCCUUGACCUCGUGGUCCUUGUCCUGGCUUCUGGAUUGUCCCCAUCCAAGAUGAUCUGGCACAGCUAAGGAUAAAGACCCAAAUUAAGUUGGCCAAAAUUGUGAUCGAACCCUGUGCCCCAGAGAAACAGCGCCAGUGUGACAUGCUCAUACGUGCAGCUUCAUGGAGAGUAAAGCUCUCCUAGUCAGGCGCCCAAGUUCCCUGAACACCUGGGAGUCUGUGCCCAUGUGCAUGUGGACAUGGGGACUUGAGGACACUCAUUCUAGCAUGAGAGCCACAUUCAGUGCCACCUGUGGGGACUCUCGGGACACUGUCCUGCCCACCGACCCCAGGAACAGUGCGCCAAGUCAGGGUCAGACCCAGCCAAACAUCCGGGCACUUUCUCCUCUAAGAGAAAUGGGCAAUAGAUAACUUGGAGUCAAGAUUUCCCGUUGGAUUUUUUUUUUUUAAAGUCUUUUAGAAAUGCAUUUGAAACAGUGUGUUUGUUUUUUCCCUUCUAGUUAAGGGACUAUUUAUAUGUGUGUAGGAAAGCUGUCUCUUUGUUUGAUUUUGGCUUCGUUUCUCUUUCGGUGAGGUCCAAAGAAAGAUGCAAAAGGAAAUGCUGCCUUUCCCCAGCCCCAUCCCAUAAUGUCACCUCAGACUCACUCACAUGCCCAGCACUUACACUGGGGCAUCGUGGAGUCAUUAUUUAUCGAGUUCUUGAAAAAUGUAGAGACAAGUCCCCUUCCAUUGUCUGUAUGUUUCAACUGCCCUUCCUCUUUCCCGAUGUCUAGCCAGCCCUAGUGCGUGGCACCAUCACCCACCCACCCCCAUCAGGCAAUAAUGGGUAAGCCAUACUAACCAGGGACAAAACUGGAACCAGGUGGCGCCACCUCAGGCGGCUGCCACCCAUUCAAAGCAUUUUUCUGCAGCUGACGAAAUUUUCAAUAACCUGGUCGAUGCUAAUUAAAACGGAGCCUGCAGGAAGCAGGGAUGAAGUGGCCUUCAAUGAUGCUGUUCCGUUGACUUUCCUUUUUAAGUAAAUCCAAACUAGGCUGCUGGAAAGCUAGCCACUUGGGGUUUUGUUUGUUUGUUUGUUUGUUUGUUUGUUUGUUUUGCUUAAA